UACAAGACUGACUGACGUAGUACCAUGUUACUUUGGCGGCUCGGCGAGGCCGCGCGCUCUGCAGCUGCCGGCACAGAACAGAAGAUCGUGAAAACUGUCAGCCAGAAAGCGGCUUAUUCUUUUUUAAAAGCAGUUUUUAAAAGAUUACAUGAAAAUGUCUACUUACUCGCGCUGUUGGGAUCCGUCGCCGAGCACGAGCGUAAGAUGACUGGCCUGCACGGCGAGGGCGGCCCGGCCGCGGUCGGGAGUCCCGUCAAGAAGAACAGACUCUCUCUCAAGUUCUUCCAGAAGAAGGACACCAAGCGCACUUUGGACUUUUCCGAGUCACGGACGGAGGAGCAGAAGCCCCCGGAACAGGACGAGGCUGACAGCUGUGACCAGGUCGUACCUGGGCCAACACCUGCUCCUCUUACUUGUGAGAACAGAGAGAACCUGGUUCCUUUUGUUGGUCUGAAUAAUCUGGGGAACACCUGCUAUCUGAACAGCAUCCUGCAGGUGCUUUACUAUUGCCCUGGGUUUAAGGAUGCCAUCAAGGUGCUGUACAACUUAUCAAAGAAAAAAGAGAAGCCAAAACAAGAUGCUGAUAAUGAGCAGCAGGAAGGUGCUGAGGAGGCUAUACCAAUGAACAUUGAACUGCUCGGCAGCUUUCACAGCCUCAUCAUUUCGAUGGAGCAGCUCCAAUCUAGCUUUCUCCUCAACCCAAAGAAGUACAGUGAUGGUGAGCUGGCCAUCCCACCCCGGAGACUGCUCAACACACUCAGGCAGCUGAACCCCAUGUAUGAGGGAUAUUUGCAGCAUGAUGCACAGGAGGUGCUGCGGUGCAUACUAGGUUACAUCCAGGAGGCUUGUGAAUCCAUUCAAAAGGAGCAUGAAAUGACAAGCCAGCCUCAGGACUUGGAAGCAGAUUGUCCUGGGAGUAAGAUGGAAGAGGAGAGGCAUGCCACAACAGAGGAGACUUUAAAUGCCGGUGAGGCAUGGGUGAAUUGUGGGCAAGAAGGGAACGCAGAGAACCAGAUCCCCAGGAAGAGGAAGAGUGACACAGAGGCAGGGAACGCCAGGAAGAAGUCAAAGUCCAUCCAGGUGAAGAGUGAGACAGAGGAGCCAUUACAUUUCACCCGGUCCAAAAGGAGGACAUCGGGUGACAUCAGCAUAGAACAUACCCAGGAUGGGAUCGAGGGAGCCGGUGAUCUGGAGUCUUCGAAGGUGACCACAAGGAGACAGAAGCGGCCCAGGCUGAGCUGGCUGAAGCCCUCAGGCAAACAGACCAGCAUAUUUUCCAAGUUCCGCCUCAGGGGCAGGAUCAGCUCGCAUGUAGGAUCCAAUACCAAGCAGGAGAAGGGAGACUCGUCCUUGCCUGAAAAGGACAAGGAUGCCGUGGGAGCCUGGGGUGAAGAUGAGAAGCUUCAGUCCAUGAAAAUCAAAUCUCAAAGCAAAGAAAACAGCUGCUUUGACCUGAUGGAGCACUUGUUUCAGGGCCAGUUGGUCCUGCGCACUCGCUGCCUGGAGUGCGAGUGCUUCACUGAGCGGAGGGAGGACUUCCAGGACAUCAGUGUUCCUGUGCAGGAAGACGAGCCCUGCCGGCUCGAAGAUGACUCUGAGGUCUCUCCAGAUCCCAAGCAGGAGUCAAAGACCCUGAAGUGGGCCCUGUCUCAGUUUGCGUCAGUGGAAAGGAUAGUGGGUGAGGACAAGUACUUCUGUGAGACCUGCCAUCACUAUACUGAAGCGGAGAGGAGCCUCCUGUUCGACAAAACACCAGAGGUUGUGACCAUUCAUCUCAAGUGUUUUGCUGCCAACAGUUCAGAGAUAGACCCAUACGCCGGGCUCUCUAAGGUGAACACUCCUCUCCACACCCCGCUCAGGCUGUCCCUGGAGGAGUGGUGCACGCAGCCGUCCAAGGAGUACGAGCUUUUCGCGGUGGUCAUGCACAGCGGAGUCACCAUCAGCAGCGGACACUAUACCACUUACGUCAAGAUGAUGGACUUGAAGGACAUGAAGGUGGAGCUCGAUGAAGGUCCGAGGGCAGAUUCCCCAAAUGCGGUGGCCCCAGCCUACAGGGAGCGGAACUACGAUGACGGUGAGGUGUCCUUCAGCCUCAGUGGGAAGGCAAACGUCACCACCGGCAAAAUUGGUGCCAAGAAGCCCACCGAUGGUGUAGGACUGCUGGGAGGACAAAAGAGUGUCUCCAGCUUCGAGCUGGGGAGCAAGCAGGCUAACCCAGACAAGGCAGGUAGCGUCAUGGGAGAGUGUACGAAAGGGGAGCCCAGAAGUGCCCAGGGACACCAAGCAGGGGUGAAGUGUGAGGAUGAGAGCAGAGAUACCUCUGAAGCAGAUGUUGUGUCCAUGGAGACCAGCAAAGACCUUGCCCAGCAUAACCUAAUGGGCUAUGAGGGCAAGUGGAUGCUGUUUGAUGACUCAGAGGUCAGGCUUUUUGAGGAGAAGGACUUCCUGAAUGGCUGUUCUCCAGAGACCUGCACAACGUCCACCCCUUAUCUUCUAUUCUACAAAAAAGUCCAGGAGUGAAUGUGUCUGUGGCUCCUUAUGUCUAUAACACGUGUGACUGCAUUUGUCACAAAUCUGUCUUUCAGGACCAUUGUUGUGGCAAUUAAAUUUGUGUUUUUGUUCCUCACAGCACCUUGGCACUUAUAGUGCCUUUUAUUAAUCUACUUGUUAAUUUCUACUGUAAGAAUGCAUUUGAAGUUCUUGGGUAUCACUGUUUGGUACCAAUGGUUCUAUGCGUUCUAUAUGAUCUUUGCUUUAUAGUAAGAUUGCAUGCAUUUCCAGUGGUAUAAUGAGGUAUUUCUUCCAAUGCGAUGCAUUGUAUAUAGUCACUGCCCCCAUUCUGCCUUAGACUGAGGAUCCAAAUGCUGAGAGAAGUUUUUUUAAAAAAGCCAUUCCAUUUUUGUGGAAUGCCGAAUAGAGCAUAGCUUUCGUUAAUGAAAUAAUGUUUAGUUAUGGUGUAUUUUUAGAAGCGUAGACUUAAGUCCUACCACCGGGGGCAGUGGUGGGAUUUGACAGCACUCAUCUGUUUCAGGAGCUGCAUGAUGAACACGUGCUUCUGGUACUACCAUAUUUAGACUGUACCACAGUUCAUAAUUUGGAUAAACUGCUCAGUUCAAGGUAGCUAGUUAUGUGGUUUGUCACCUGAAGCUUCCUACAAGUGAUUUUGUCAAACCUACAGCUCAGUCUAGGCUGACGGCUGUGGUAACAUCUGUAGGACUGGAGUUGGAAUCAAACUGACAUUCAGAAAUAUACAACAUGUUUAUACCAGCUGUUAAGUAGGUGUCGCUCAGUAGCAGAAUCACUGAGUAUUAAAGCUGAUUUAUAUUUUUAUAGCCACAUAAAUGUGCCAAUGUAAGAUUAAAAGCAAAUAAGAUAGUCUUCUGUAAUGUACUUUGUACAAUGGCUGUCAACAUGUUUUUAUUCUAUGCAAACAUGGUUGGGCUUAUUCAUUAUAGUCCCAUUACUGUAGAAAGUGAAGUAUAGACUGAUGCCGUUCUUCCUGGAACCGGAAUUUUAUGAACAGGGAAUUGAAAGCAAGUUUGACUUUAUUGGCUGAAGUCUGUCUAAUGCCAACUGCCAUUGAAACAAGCAGCACGCAUGAAUCAUCCAUGUGAGAUUUAUACCUUUGCUCACACUCAAAUUAGCUCAUCCUCUGUCUUCAGGAUGAUCAUGCGGAGGGCUGGCUGAUCACUGACAUCUCUCCAUUUUAACUCUUUGGUGGUUUAUCUCCAGUCCUGGAGCUCUGUGGGCUACCCAUGUGACCCAAUGUAUAUUAUAAUGUAGCAUACUGGAUCUUAUUAAACAUUUUCCUUUGUCUCAGGAAGCAGGGCACAGUUAAUAAAAACUAACCCGAAGCUCAA